AUGACGAUCAAAUUUGUUCUUUUACUCACAGCGCUUUACACGUCCCUGGUCGUGGCAUUCUCUUUCAGCUCUUACGAUGUUGGGUUCCAAGGCAUUUUCCCUCGCCGGCACUAUCACACAGUCGAUUUUGAGCCUCCUGCGCUCAGGAUAACACGAUGGGAUUCUCGAUGCGAUUAUGGUAGUUUGUUCAUUACACCCAGAGGACCGUGGGUCUCGGGCGCUGCGAGGGGUCCUGCCAUCCUCGACGCGAAGGGCGAAUUGAUUUGGAUGGAUAACACUGUGUUUACACAAUCGAUGAACUUGAAUGUGCAAACAUACAAGGGAAAAGAAUAUUUGACGUUUUGGUCAAAGCGGGUAAAAACCAAGCGCGGAGAAACCUCCGUCAAAGCCAAGGAACCUAAAACCUCAUACGUUAUGCUUGACUCUUCCUACAAAGUUGCGUAUAGGAUUUUCCCACAUGGCAAGGGACUCAAAGGAGAUUCGCAUGAACUCCGCAUUACUCCACAAGGCACUGCCAUUAUACCCAUCUACCACAAACGCCAAACCGACUGCACUUCACUCGGCCUAGGCAAAAGCUGCUGGAUCCAAGAUGGACUCUUCCAAGAAAUCGACAUUGAAACUGGAGCUCUGCUAUUCGAAUGGCGAGCAACCGACCACAUAAGCAUGAAAGAUGUCUUCAGCACUCCAAACGCCAAAGAUGGCUACGGCACUUCCAAAAAAGACGCUUUCGACUUCUUCCACAUCAACGCCGUGGACAAAACCGAUUCCGGCGACUACAUAAUCUCGGCAAGAUAUAUGCACGCAAUCCUCUGCGUAAGCGGAUCCACAGGACAAAUCCUCUGGCAACUCGGCGGCAAAAAGAAUAAUUUCACAGAUCUGGAUGAAGCGUUGGACUUUUCCUGGCAACAUCACGUCACAUGGCAAGGCAAUAACACGAUUUCUCUCUAUGACAACCACGCCAAUACUGUUUUGCACAGUCCCUCCAUGUACAGCAAGGGCAUGCUCAUCCAUCUCGACAUGCACAAUAUGACAGCAACACUCAAACACAAAUACAUACACCCGGACAAAAUCCUCAGUGUAUCUCAAGGCUCCGUCCAAGUAAUCCCUUCCACCAAAAACAUUCUCGUAGGGUUUGGAAAUUCUCCUGCUUUUGUGGAAUAUACGCAUACCGGCACUGUACUCUGCAGUGCGCAAUUCGCUCCCAAAUUCGCUUUUGAACUUGUGGAUUUCGGGCUGGUGAAAUCUUAUAGGGUUUUUAAGCAUGAGUCUUGGGUGGGGAGACCUGAUACGGUUCCGGAUGUUAAGGUGGAGGGGAGGAAGGUGUAUGUGAGUUGGAAUGGGGCGACUGAGGUAAGAGGAUGGAGGUUGGAGACAGCGAGGACGCAAGAUGGCGGAGAUGAUGGGUUUGUGACAGUGCAAGAACUGCGGAAAUAUGGGUUUGAGACUUCGUUUUCUAUCGAGGGGGUCGGCAAGUUUAUCAGGAUUGCGGCUUUGGACUCGAAAAACAGUGUCAUGGCACGUUCGGCUAUCAUUCGCGUCAAGCCACGAAAUAUGUCUCUGUUCUGGUCUCUUACGAUUGUCGCGCUUUGCAUCCUCAUCUUCUACUCCAUGUACCGCAAGAUUCCCAUCUCCCUUCGCACCAGCACAGCACGCCAAUUUUCGAGACUGAGAAAAACUCUCACCGACUUCUCACUACGACUUCGAUCUUCCAAAGCCCGUCCGAAAACCUGGAUGAGCGACGAGGACGAUCAAACCUCAGAAGCUGAACCCCUACUUCAUAUGGACUAA